GUCUCUUUCCCAGGCGGUCGCUAAAAUAGGGAGAAACGGAAUCUCACAGCACAUGGAAGGUUAGUGUGGUUCCACAAGGGCAACUGGGCAUGCUCAGUAGCCAGGACAGGUUUUGGUCUCAAGUAGGCAGCCAGUGCAUUACACCGGUGCUAGGCAGUGAGGGAGCUGAGGGAAAGCAGCUGCAGCAAGAAAAGGAAGAAGAGGAGGAGGAGGAGAAGGAAGAAGAAGAAGGGAAGCAAGAAUAGGAAGGGAGUGGGAGUAGCAUUGAGGAAAACAGCCACCCCUAGGCGAAGUAAGAGUUGGUGGGGAGUGAACGGGUGGGUGGUGAAAAAGACCCCCCUUCCACUUCUAGUGCCUGCUUUGGGAAAAGAAGAGGAAGAAAAUUUAAGGAGGAGGAAAAGAAAAAGAAAGGGAGUGAGGAGAGAAAGGGAGUGGGGAAUAAAAGACCAAGCGAUAAGAAAGGGCAAAAAAGCGCUGCGGGGAAGGGAUCCCAAGGAAGCCCGGCGGUGGCAGCGCGGAGCCGGCGCGGCUGCUUGGACAGGUGCCUCUGCCGGGAGAGAAGAAGGCAUGUGACACGGCGGCAGCCGCUGCCUUCGGGAGCGCUCGCUGGACCUAGAGCCCACACCCAAGCUGGGGGACAAGUUGCCCUUCUUCUCAUUGUCUACACCCGAGGAACCUACAAAGCUUCGGGUUGGGAUCAUGAACCGGAAUCAGCAAAGCGUGAAUCUGGCUUGGACAUCUAGGUCCUAGGUCAUUUGCUCGCUGACCCAGCCUAGGGCGGGAGGAGGAGGUGGAAAGUGAGGUGACGAGUCCAGACACCUUGUUGAGGGCACCGGAAGGGUCCGGAACAGGCGGAGGUACCUGAAGCGCCCUGAGGUCCCUGCCAUCAGAUAUGGGUGGUUAUAGCAGAUAUUUCAGCAAUGAUUUUCACAACAGAUUGUGGAUUGGAUGAACCUCAUUCAUUUACAACAUGAAGUACAAUACCAGGACUCUGCCCUUUCAUUGCCUUCAUGGUGACAGAAUACCAGGUUUCAUUCUAGAAGAGAAACACAGUACAGUUCCUGGUCCAGCGGCUUGAUUUUCAUGUUUCUACCUAGAACAUAUGGGGAAACUGAGGCAAACAGUAUUCAUUAAGUUGCUGAAUAUGACCCAGCUAUUAAGUGUAUAAGACUGAAUCACAAAGGUGGUGUGUUCUCAGUGCCUGUGUCUGAGUCAUAUCAUUGAUCUUUCAAUUAUUUUCUCUGAUCCUCACCAUCCAUCUCCAUCAAGAUCAAAGGAGAAAAGAUCACAGAAGACUAUGCCAGAGAGCCACAAUGACCCUGCACAGUAACAAUACAACUUCUUCCUCAUUUGCUAACAUCAGCUCUUCCUGGAACCAAGGCACCUCAAGCCCAGGUCUUCCCCCUCGCUAUGGCAGCUACAAUGUCUCUCAAGCCUCUGAGGCUUUUUCCAACAAUGUUACCAAUCACGAUCCUCUUGGUGGUCACACUGUCUGGCAAGUGGUCUUCAUCGCCUUGUUAACUGGCAUCCUAGCCUUGGUGACCAUCAUUGGCAAUAUCCUGGUGAUUGUGGCAUUUAAAGUGAACAAGCAGCUUAAAACGGUCAACAACUACUUCCUCUUGAGCCUGGCUUGUGCCGAUCUGAUUAUUGGUGUUAUUUCCAUGAACCUUUUUACCACCUACAUCAUCAUGAACCGAUGGGCUCUGGGGAAUUUAGCUUGUGACCUCUGGCUCGCUAUUGACUACGUGGCCAGCAAUGCUUCCGUCAUGAACCUUCUGGUCAUCAGCUUUGACCGGUACUUUUCUAUCACCCGGCCGCUCACGUACCGAGCUAAACGAACAACCAAAAGGGUUGGUAUGAUGAUUGGCCUUGCUUGGAUCAUCUCCUUUAUCCUUUGGGCUCCUGCCAUAUUGUUCUGGCAGUACUUUGUUGGGAAACGAACUGUUCCCUCCGGGGAGUGUUUCAUUCAGUUCCUCUCUGAACCUACCAUUACCUUUGGCACUGCCAUAGCUGCCUUUUAUAUGCCUGUCACUAUUAUGACUAUUUUAUACUGGAGGAUCUACAAGGAGACUGAGAAACGUACCAAAGAGCUUGCAGGACUGCAGGCCUCCGGGAGCGAGGCAGAGGCAGCCCACUUUGUUAAUCCAACGGGGAGCUCCAGGAGCUGUAGUAGUUACGAGCUACAACAGCAAACUCUAAAACGCUCCACCAGGCGGAAGUAUAGCCGCUGCCAUUUUUGGUUCACGACAAAAAGCUGGAAACCCAGUGCAGAGCAGAUGGACCAAGAGCAUAGUAGCAGUGACAGCUGGAACAACAAUGAUGCUGCUGCCUCUCUUGAGAACUCUGCCUCAUCUGAUGAGGAAGACAUUGGCUCAGAGACUAGAGCCAUUUACUCAAUCGUGCUCAAACUCCCGGGUCACAGCACCAUCCUGAACUCGACCAAAUUACCCUCAUCGGAAGACCUGCAAGGAUCAGAGGAGGAUCUGCGAAAAGCUGACUUAGAGAGAAAACCGAAUAAGCUACAAGCCCAGAAAAGCAUGGAGGAUGGAGGCAGCUUUCGGAAGAACUUUGCCAAGCUUCCCAUUCAAUUAGAGUCAUCCGGGGACACUGCCAAGUCGACCGAGGCCAUUUCCUCGGUUGCUAAGACAACAGCGGCUCUGCCUCUCUCCUUUAAGGAGGCCACACUGGCCAAAAGGUUUGCCCUGAAGACCAGAAGUCAAAUCACCAAACGGAAAAGGAUGUCCCUCAUCAAGGAGAAGAAAGCAGCACAGACCCUCAGUGCAAUUUUACUCGCCUUCAUCAUCACCUGGACUCCAUAUAACAUCAUGGUCCUGGUGAAUACCUUUUGCAAUAGCUGCAUCCCUAAAACCUAUUGGAAUCUGGGCUACUGGCUUUGUUACAUCAACAGUACCGUGAACCCCAUGUGCUAUGCACUGUGUAACAAAACAUUCAGAACCACAUUCAAGAUGUUGCUGCUAUGUCAGUGUGAUAAAAGGAAGAGGCGCAAACAGCAGUAUCAACAAAGGCAAUCAGUUAUUUUUCAUAAGAGGGUACCACAGGAAGCUUCAUAAAAUGAGAUUUUUUAAAAACAACAGCAGCGACCAAACCCACAUGCACUUAGACCCCAUAAGACCUUGACACAAAGAGGCUGGGAGGAUUUUUUUUUUCUGGUAUUGAUAUUAGACAUUUCAGUAUCCAGAUGUGAAAGCCGCUGCCUGGCUGAUGUAUCCUUUUAUGAAACCAAUUUUAAUAUAAAAAGUCAAAUGCACAUUAAGCAAAAGAAAAAUAUACUACUGAAUGGUAAAAUGUUAACUCUGAAGGUGUUACUUUACCACUUUAAAUGGUUUUCCUAAAAAAGGGAGGAAAGCAAAGCUGUAUAGUAGUUAUGAACCUAUUAUUGACCUGCCCAGGUCUAUUAACUCACAUCAGCUCUGGGAUCUCAGGUAAGCACAUCUAGCUGGCCUAAUUUCCAACUCCUUAUUGAUCCAGGCUUUUGGACAGAGCAAGCCAGCAAGAAGAUGGUUGUGAAAAGUUUUAACAUGUUACAAGGUGGCAUCUUGUUGUCCCAAAAGAGCUUCCUGUCUUCUCUUUGGUGUAUCCUUGUUAAACCCUCCCUACCUGUGGACUUGAUCCUCCAUCCUUACGGAGUACUGUUUUGUGCAGCUAAAGUUUUGUGUAUAUGAAAAUAAAUACAUAUAUAUGUGUGUGUGUACAGUGCGCGCACACAUGUAUAUAAUAAAUAUACUGGGAAACAACAAAACUGGCAAAUUAUUCCCACAAUACAAGAUUUCAGUAUUUUGGCAACUAAAGUCCUCUGGAAACCUAACACAACCACAAAUGUACAACAUGAUCCAGAUGAAACAGGCCUCAUUGAAUGCUUUUUUAAAUCAAGGCUGUUUUUAGGGGCCACUCAGAGAACAGCAGCAUCCUAUCCAAAGUACACCCAGAUAAGGCCAGCACUAUUUGGCUGUGCCUAUUAGAUGCCCUCAUGUUCAGUCUUAGCAGCUAAGCAAGUCAGCAGAUCUGUGGAGAUUAGUGUUCCUGGGACCAUCAGAGUCCAGAUCAGCCAAGAAAACCAACUUCUUCUGGGCUCUAGAAACCCACAUUGAAGACUGGGCAGCCACCUGCAUUGGUUUAAAGCUUUCCAUAACUGGGCUAAGACCCAGACUUCUUGGAUCUCAAAGAAUGAAUUUCAACACAGUAUUUUUGAAUUCUCCACAGUUUCAAAUCUGAGCUUGCGGCUUAAACAAAAUUUCUGUGAUAUGCUUGAAACUUGACAUUACUGACAUGGCUAUCUGGGUCGCAUCAAUUGCAAUAUAUCUGAUAAUAAUAAAAGGAAAAGUUUUUUUUUUUUAAUGAAGAGGAAAAAAGAAUGAAAAAAAAAUGAAUUGUUUUGGUUUUGUUACCUGGCAUUUUCUGAUGAAAAAUAAAUAAAUUAAAGGGCUUAAAUUUGUGUCACUUAGACAUUGCCAGUGUUUCCUGGUCUUGAGCAUGUGAUCAGCACCCAAAGAAUGGGUGGGCUCUAUAACAGUUAGAUGUCCUCUGAGGAAUGGACUGUAUUUUGAAAAGUAUUGCUUCUAAUCUGAUUUAUUUACAUUUUGAGAAAUAAUUUUGUAUUUUCAUUUGACCAAAAUUAUAUAAGUUUUGUUUUGGGGUGUUUUUUUGUUUAUUUGUUAACUGUUCAAUUCUCUCUCUCUCUCUCUCUCUCUCUCUCUCUCUCUCUCUCUCUCUCUCUCUCUCUCUCUCUCUGUCUCUGUCCCUACCCUCUCUCUCACCCUCAUCCCUCUCUCACUCUCCCUCUUAAUUUUGGCUGGGGUUGGGGAGGGGUACUAUGGGUGGGGGGAGGGGGUGGAGGAAAACCUUACCUUUGUUUGGGGCAUCAGUGUUGUGAACACAGAGCUGGUGUAAAAGCUGCUUUUGUAUUCAGUGUGAGAUGGUGUUUACAGAUGAUUUUGACCACAGUGGAAGUAUACUAAAUGGUGUCUGUGUAUUUGAACUAUUUAAUUUGUGUUAUGUUUAUAUGAAGAAAUAUUUAUACAUACUUCAAAAAUGUUUAUUUAAUGUUGAUAAAUAUUACUCUUCAGUCUUCAACUGUGGUGUCCUUUUAAAGUGAUUCCAAAAGGUUCACUUUAACAAUGGAUACAGUAUAUCUAGCUUUCAUGUUGCUAAGAAAAAAAGUCAUCCUGUUGGCAUCAGUGAAUAUUUAACUCUUUUUGUCUGUUAAUUAAAGAUGUAACAAAAAUUUCAACAUAAGGCAGUUAAGCCACAAUUUUGUUGAAUCUGAUGGGAACCGAACAUGAGAGGCCAAUGUUAUUAAGUUAUUUUGUUGACUUUGUUCAACCAAAGAAUAAGGAAAAGAUAAAAUUUUCUAAGUUGAACAGAACAUGAUAGGUCUCUAUUCUCUAAAACCAAGUAGUAACUAAUUCUCAUCCAAAUUCUACCACUACUGGUUGACCUUGACAAAUCAAUUACCGGUGGUGGCCCUUAUUUUCCUCAUCUUUAAAAUGAGGGUUUUGAACUAGAUUAUCUCUAAAGUCCCCUUCUGCUCUAAAAGCUUAUGGUUUAUGGUUCAGUAAAAACAUUUGUAUCUUUAAAUUUGUGAUUCAGUUUGAACUAACAAAAAAUAUUUGAAGUGUUCAUGUCUCCCAUUACAAGUGAUUACUGCUCCAACUUUUAAGUAGCUGCAAGACUCUUUGUUCUGGUUUGUCACACCAUCUUCUUCCUAAAAUUGCUAUUUGGUGUGCUUUAUUUAUUUAUUUAUUUUAGAUUAGAGAAAAUUAAAUUUACUUUGAAAUUAGAGAUACCCUGGGUAUAGCAAAACCAGGGUUAGUAAUCACUAUUCUCUAUAGAGAGAAUUAUCUCUUGAUUAAUGCCUUUAUGUGAUCCUGAUUAGCUCACAGAAAAGAAUAAAGAUGAAACCACAGAGAUUCUCUUUUAUUACUCAUUUCUACCACAGAUUUUUUUUUUAAAACUACCACCUCUUAAAAGCUACCUUUAAAAAUUACCUGUUGACUUUGUUUACAGGAUAGGGACAGCAAACCUUGGAUCGAUCGUUUUCAGAGAAGAAAAAAACACAAAUAAGAAAAAAAUGAGAUCUUUAAGUGUAGAAAAGGUUUGAAAAUAUAACAUAAGCCGUAAUGAGUGUUUAUAAAAUAGCUUCAUAUAUUAAACGUUCAUAUCAUAAUAGAUUCAUUGCAAAUAACAUAUUCCGUAUAUCAGUUACAAAUGUCCUGUUGCUCAAAUUGGAAAUUCAAUGAUUUUGUAAUGUCCAAGUCAGGUACAUUUAGUAGGCUCUGUGGUUAUUCUAUUGGAAAAAGAAAAAAAAAACCCCAAUAGAUAAAUUAUAUAUUAUCACAUACUGUCUCAUUGCCUGCCAUGCCCGUAUACAUUCAUGCCCAUACAAAAUUUUGCUUUCUGCUUUUUUUCCCCUCAUUGUCUUCUUUGGUCAGUAUUUGAGUCUCCUUUGUUUAGAGUAUCCUUUUUCAUCUUUCCCAUUAUUCAUCGACUCUAUUCUAGGUGUUUUCCAUCCCUAAAUAAUCUAGUUCUAUCCACCCCAUCUCUUGGUAACUUUGAUAUGAAAGAAAAUGAACCACAAAAACAUCUACAGAUGCCAAGAAGUGUCUGUCUGUCUCUAGUCCAAAGAAGUACAAACUAAUUUGAUCCCAUUGUUAACUGCUUUAGUGCUUCCACAUGGGCUAGUUUCAGUUGAUUAGAAGUAAGGUAAGGGUAUCCAGGGGGAAGUUUCUUUUCUUUUUAUUAAGCAUUAUUAUGGGCAUGUUCAUUACUUCAUUAAAAUAUUUAUUUGCCACUGGUAAUAUGCAUAGCAGUGUGUUAUGCUGCUACAGAAAUCAGGAGUCAUUUAGACAGCAAAGAAAUUAAGACAAGCUAGAUUCGUGAAUCUAAUGAACUUUUCCAAAAUUGUUUCUGGCUGGCAAUGCAGAAUAUAUACUGAAACAGAAAGCCAAUCCAGUCAUUUAUAACAUAGAAAAUCCCAAAGCCAUACUGUUUACAAUAACUUCAGCCUCAUAUUCCACCAAACCCAUUAACAGAGCCACCAACCAGGUGCAAACCUACCAAUUUGAGAUUUUUUCAUUUCUCCCUGUUAAAGAAAAGCUGAAAUGUUUUCUUACAUGAAGUAAGAGUUAAGUGGUAGGCCAAAAUAGUCCACAAACUGCAUUGAUAAAAGUACCUGGAUAAUGUGAGGUUUCCUAUAUGUAUAAAUUAGGAUUGUUGCCUUGGCUCAGAUCAUCAUUGCAUGUAACUUUGGUUAGCUUUCAAAACUAAGGAAGAUUCCAAUUUUAGCCUGUGAUCCAAACACAGAAGGAAAAGUUCUCAUAAUCAUCAUGCCAUGAUAUAUAAUGUUAGUUCCAGACUACUAAAUAGAAUUGUAAAAAACUUUGUGGAAACCUGUUUUUGCCUGUUCUCAGAGACAUAUGGUGCCAACAUUUUUAGCAGUGUCAUCUUUUUUUUCUUUCUUACACAUUGAAAGCUUCACUAAGUUUGGGGCAGACUUGAGGGGAAUCUUAUGGAAAUUAGAAAUAAAAAUGUGCAACUUAGCUGUAGCACAAAUCACAAAUGGGCUUCCAAGAUGGUGAAACCAGAGCAUUAUUUCAUUGGGCAGGAAGCUUUGAUAGAUAAACAAAUGUGAAGACAAUUAGGAUGUUUGCAUCCUUCUCUAUAGGGGUGUACAAAUAUGAAUUAGCCACUGUCCACAUGAGUUGAGUGUAUUAUUUGCUUUGUAAGCAAAGAACAUGUAUCAUAGCUGUAUUUCAAACAUCCAAGCCUUAUAAAAAGGUGCCAAAUUUUACCUUUUUACUACUUACUGACCAGGCAUUUUUUCCAGAGACAUGUGUGGGGUUUCAAAUACCAUUUUCAUCUUUUUUUUUCCUCCUGAAAACGAGUCAAUGGUCUGUAUGAUAAAAUUAUGCCUGCAACUUUGUGGUAAAUAUUACUUCUUUGACUAAGUUUAACAGCAUAAAUAACUAACUAAAUAAAAUCCACUACUAAA